AUGGCGCCCCCAGCAAGUGUAGUCGUGAGUCGAACCCCUAGCUCUGCAUCUACCCCGCUGUCCAGACGCGAUGACGACAUGUCCAUUGCUAACCUGCUUCUCGCCAACCAGACGAAGCUCAAAGUCCAGCUGAAGCUGGCGAUUGCGCGACUGCGCAUGGUACAGCAGCGCGAUGAGCAAAUGUCCAAGACGCAACGGCGCGCGAUGGCGCAACUCCUCGAGGUGGGCAAGAUCGACUCCGCCCGCAUCCGCGUCGAAAACAUCAUCCGAUCCGACAUCACAAGCGAACUGCACGAGAUACUGGAGCUCUACUGCGAACUUCUAAUCGCGCGCGCAGGACUUUUGGAGGGGUCAACGUGUGACCCUGGUCUGGAGGAGGCGGUCAAGAGCAUCAUUUACGCGGCGCCGAAGACGGAGAUCAAGGAGUUGCAGGUCGUGAGAACGCUACUGGCUGAGAAAUAUGGCAAGGAAUUCGUGCUCACGGCGAUGGAUAACUCGGACGGCAAGGUCUCGGAUAAGGUGGUCAAGAAGCUGAGCGUCACGCCGCCGAAGGAAGAGCUGGUUGUUGGGUACCUGGAGGAGAUUGCCAAGGCGUACAACGUUGACUGGCCGAAACGGCCACAAGCGGCAGACCCUCCCGAUCUGCUGGACGACGACGACGACGAGAACCCUAGUGGUGGAAUUGGUGUCAAGAUACCCGAGGGACCGUUGGGAAACAGUACGAAGUUGGCCCAGGAGCAGGAGGAGUUGAGCAAGGCAACGCCCCCGAGGACGAUUGGAGGUCCUAGCAGCCCUUUGACGGUCACACCGCCGAGGAUGACGACAGACAACAUCCACCCCAAAGUCACCCUCAACUCUUUGGAGUUGAAGCCGAAUAAGAAGAUGGACGCGGCGGCACAGAAAAAGCCCAGUAGCAAGGGGCCCGGGGGCAAUGUGCCUGACAUCACGGAGCUGGAGAGGAGAUUUGCAGCCCUGAAGAAAUGA